GCCUGUGCUGCACUGAGAAUAACACAGCCUUUGACCAUUUCUCCUGAUUUAUAAAGUUUAAAAAAAAAAUACAGAUCCAUUUCAAUGUGUACUGGGAAGUGUGCACGGUUAGUGGGGCUAAUUCUUCUGCCCACAGCUUUUAUGUGUAUAAUAGCCAAUAUACUUUUAUUCUUCCCUAAUGGAGAACAGCUGGAAAUUGGCCAGAUUUCCCUUCAAGUCUGGCUUAUGGGAGGUGUGCUCGGCGGUGGACUAAUUAUGAUGUGUCCAAGCUGCUCAGCCAUCAGAGCCGGGGGCAAAGGCUGUUGCGGGGCUGGUUGUUGUGGAAACCGUUGUCGUAUGCUGAAUUCUGUUUUCUCUUCUGUAUUUGGCAUUGUUGGGUCGGCCUACUGUGCCUCUGUUGCCAUUGCAGCACUGGCUGUUGGGCCUCUAUGCAAAGACAAGAAUGGUGAUUGGGUAUAUCCCUUCGAGGAUACGGCAAGGAACAGCAGUUACCUGGGGGAUAAGACCACAUGGUCCGAGUGUGCCUUUCCCGAGAAUGUGGUUCUCUGGCACAUCGUGCUGUUCUCCAUACUCUUGGGUCUGUCUCUGAUCCAGAUGAUACUCUGUGUCAUUCAGGUUGUGAACGGAUGUGUAGGCUGCCUCUGUGGAGACUGCCGGAAAAAGAAAUCGGAUGAGGGAGGUCUAUGAGAUCUGCAGAGGAGGAAUACAAAAAUAAAUCAACAACCAUUCAAUCUGGAGCUCUCUCACAACACUAACAACUUGCAAUCCAAGCAGUCACUAAAAAGAGAUGUUGUGUGUAAACCAUAUUUUAACUUUAUUAUGUGUUUAGUGUUACUGUAGCAGUGAAUUAUAAUCAAAUAUAAUAGAAAUUGUAUAGAAAUGUAAAAAUUAUUUGUCUUUUUUUUAAUAAACGCUGUGCAUUUUGGAAUACUUAAUCACCAGGUCCUAAUGAUACACUACAGCUCUCUUUUUUUUACAAUAAACAUA